CGUCGUCAGACUGAAACCAUCAAUUAACGUGUGUACAUAAAGUAGCCUUCGGCCCAAAACCAUCAUAAAUUUCUUCAACUUACUGAAAGCAUCGAUUUGCACGAAGAGAAAAACGAAUAAAAAGCAGUCAGAACGCACACAUUCGAAGGUUAAAGACCGAGGGAAGCAGAAACAACCAAAAUGGGAUUGAUGUUGAAAAGUGGAUUCAUCAUUGUUAUAUUCAAAAUGAUUUCUUUAUGUCAAGGCAACAAAGCAAAAGCAGCUAUUUGUAAGCCAUGGGCUAUACCGGUUGCAGUGGACCCUAUCAACCACAAUCACCGACCAUUCUACAUAGAGUUACAUAGAUGUAUGGGACAGUGCCAAGGCAACACAAACUCCCCUUUAAAGUGUGAGUGCAAAGCAAAGACCACCCAAGAUGUAAAUGUACAAAUUGUCACCCAGAAAGGUCAGGAAACAAGGACAUUCACAAAUCAUACUAGCUGUGCCAGUCAGUGUCAUUCCAGUCAUAAAGAUCAGUGUUUGCGGGAUAAUUAUAAAUUUGAUGAUCUAACCUGCAGCUGUCUAUGUCUUGCAAAAAAAAAAUGUCCAAAAAAUUUCCAUUGGAAUAGUCAGACCUGCCAUUGCGAGUGCUCCCCAGCACCGCAAUCAUGUCCAGGUAAUACAAAGUGGAAUAAGUCCAGUUGCAGUUGUCAGUGUAGCUUAUCAGAGUUUACAAAAUGCUCUCGAAUGAACUCGGCUACAGAUUUGCGAAAAUGUCACUGCAGGCCACGUCCAGCAGUUACAUCUGAAACAAGAAAUCGUAAAGGAGAUGCAAGUCAAACCAAAUUAGUAUCAUUGGUAGCCAUAUGUACACUCUUGGGAGUAUUGUUUGUCAUUGAUCUCAUCCUAAUGUUCAACAAGAAAGGUUUUAUGUACAGUCUUACAAAUAGUUGCAUCAAGAAGAAAGAGAAAGAAAUAACAUAUAAAGUAGACGCAGAAACGGCAAGCAUUAGUUUGGAUGUAUACAACGACUCGCCAGUCCAAAAUGGCAGCUGUAAAAAUAAAAUUGACCAUUCGCAAUAUCAAUUACCGACGUCCCUAUGAUAAAAGCAAAGCUAAAACUUAGUUUUUUAUACUUAUCGUCUAUUUAUACUGAACUGUUCUGUAAAUAAAACUAUAAUAUAUGAUAUUUAUGAAGACGCCUAAAUUAUUGAAGAUUGCUCUUAUGUUAGUUAGGUAAUAUGAACCCUUCUAUGAAAAUUAAAACGAUUUCCACUUGAAACACAA